AUGAUGAUGAAUCCAUUACCAGACAUUUACAAAGAAUUUUCCCUUGUUAUUCAACAAGAACAAGAGAUGAACAAUUCGUUAUCGACUAUGACUCCAACUGCUAUCAACAAUGAAGAGAUUGUUGCAUUCCAAGUUCAGACAAAUUCAGGGAAUUACAAUGGAAAACCUAGUUAUUCUAAAGGGAAGAGACGAUGCUUUAGUGGUGCUAGAGGCUAUAACCAUAAUGGCUUCCCACCAGGAUUCAAAGGGAAAGGUGAAUCUCAAAGUGCUGGCAAUAAUCCUCAAUCCACUGUUGCAGUUAACAUCACAUAUGACUCUUCUCAACAAGGUUCAGUCGCAUCAUCAUUUGGAUUCACUCAAGAUAAGUACAACAACGUGAUAGAGUUGCUUCAACAGUCCAAGCCCAACCCUAAGGCCAAUUCUAUUUCUACCUACCCCUUUGUCAUGAAGUCACAUUUAUCCACACCUAACGAUACCUGUCAAAUCCUACAGAAUCAUUUCAAGGAAAUGAUUGGUACAUCUAGGUUGCAAAGAGGGAUGUAUGUUCUUGACUCUACACAUCACUCUUUAUUUUACAGUUCCAUUGUUAAUGAUUCAUCAGUUAGAGUUUUAUUGUCUCUUGUAGCAAUUAAAGGAUGGCAUUUAAAACAACUUGACAUUAACAAUGCAUUUCUUCACGGUGAUUUACAUGAAGAAGUCUACAUGACUCUUCCACCUGGUAUGUUUACUUCUUCUGCUUCACAAGCUGAUCAUUCCUUAUAUAUUAAGGCCAAUUCUCAUAGUUUCACUACUUUGUUGGUUUAUAUGGACAAAAUUGUUCUAGAUGGUGAUUUUAUGGAUGAAAUUCACUAUGUCAAGAAUCUGUUGGAUCACAAAUUUAAGAUUAAGGAUUAUGGUCAUUUAAGAUUCUUGCUUGGCUUUAAGAUUGCUAGGUCCAAAGUUGGUAUCUUUUUUAAUCAAAGAAAGUACACACUUUAUCUUUUAGAAGAUUAUGGUUUACUUGCUUCAAAGCCUUCUGUUGUCCCUUUUGAUCCCGACACAAAACUUUCAGUCAAUGUUGGUCAUCAAUUAGAACAUCCAUCCUGCUAUAGACAAUGGAUUGUUAGGAAGUCCAAGAAACAACAUAUUGUGUUCAAGUCCUUGACUGAAGUUGAAUAUCAGGCCUUAGCAUCGUUGGCUUGUGAGCUACAAUGA